AAAUUAGGCAGAUUGACCAUGACGUCUUGUCCAUCCUCGGGUCUUAAAAGUCAGAGUCCUUGGCUAGUGGAUUGCCGGAAUUAGGAUCCAGACAUUCUUUUAACUAAAUUCCCCAAUCACUGACGUCCCUUUCAACCAUAUUGGAAUCCUUCGUUUGUUUGGAUCUUCCAUUCGGAUCCCAUUCCGUCAUUCUCUCUUAUACCUAGAUCUGCCAUUCCUUUCUUGAAUUUUGUCAGUUUUUUUUUUUAUUUUUUACUUAGAAAUGAUUGCAAUUCCUUAUUUAACUGCCUUGACCACCUACUUCAGCUAUGGCCUGUUGUUUGCUUUUGGCCAAAUCAGAGACUUCUUUCGCAAAACUAUUGACUGGUGGAGCACCAAUAAUCUUCAGGGAUACGCGCCUAUCUGUUUAGGACUCGAAGACUUUUAUAUUCGACGUUUGUAUCUUCGAAUUCAGGACUGUUUUGGCCGACCUAUUGCUAGUGCCCCUGAUGCGUGGUUUAAUGUGGUUGAACGAUACUCCAAUGACUAUAAUAAGACGCUGAUACGAACCAAUAAUGUAAGUAGAUGCCUAAAUUUGGGAUCAUACAACUACCUGGGGUUUGCUGCAGCAGAUGAAUACUGCACACCCCGGGUAAUAGAGUCACUGAAAAAAUAUUCUCCUAGUACCUGUAGUAGCCGAGUGGAUGGUGGCACUACGGUAUUGCAUAAAGAAUUGGAGGAGUGUGUUGCAAGGUUUGUUGGAAAGCCGGCUGCUAUAGUGUUUGGAAUGGGCUAUGUGACAAACUCUGCUAUCCUUCCAGUCUUGAUUGGCAAGGGAGGUUUGAUUAUUAGUGAUUCUUUGAACCAUAACUCCAUUGUCAAUGGUGCACGAGGAUCAGGAGCAACCAUUCGUGUUUUCCAACACAAUACACCCUCUCAUUUGGAGGAAGUUUUGAGAGAACAAAUUGCUGAGGGGCAACCUAGGACCCACAGACCAUGGAAAAAGAUUAUCGUCAUAGUGGAGGGGAUAUACAGCAUGGAAGGGGAGCUUUGCAAACUUCCAGAGAUUGUAUCAAUCUGCAAAAAGUAUAAGGCAUAUACAUACUUGGAUGAGGCCCACAGCAUUGGAGCAGUGGGGAAAACAGGAAGAGGGGUUUGUGAGCUCUUAGGAGUAGACACUGUUGAUGUGGAUAUCAUGAUGGGAACUUUUACUAAAUCAUUCGGAUCAUGUGGUGGCUACAUCGCAGGAUCUAAGGAAUUGAUCCAAUACUUGAAAUACACAUGCCCUGCUCAUCUUUAUGCAACUUCAAUUUCACCACCAGCAGCAGAGCAAAUAGUGUCUUCGAUAAAGGUCGUUCUUGGAAAGGAUGGUUCCAGCAGAGGUGCCCAGAAACUUGCACGAAUUCGUGAGAAUAGCAACUUUUUUAGGUCAGAAUUGCAGAAAAUGGGUUUUGAGGUUCUUGGGGAUAAUGAUUCUCCAGUGAUGCCAAUUAUGCUGUACAAUCCUGCGAAAAUCCCCGCCUUCUCACGGGAGUGCCUCAAGCAGAAUGUGGCUGUUGUGACUGUCGCUUUUCCAGCAACCCCACUGCUAUUGGCAAGAGCUCGAAUAUGCAUAUCUGCUUCUCAUAGCAGGGAAGAUCUAAUUAGAGCCUUGGAAGUCAUCGGUCAGGUUGGCGAUCUUGUGGGCAUUAAAUACUUCCCUGCUGAACCAAAGAAGCAACAAGGGGAGAGGAUCAAGUUAGAAUGAAAACAGAUGGUUUUAGCCUCAAUUUCAGCAGUGGCAAGCAGCACCCUAACAAUUGAUCAGCAAAGCGGGACGAACAUCACUAAUGAUUAUUUCACCUAGGUAUGGUUGGUACUGAUAUUUUAAGUUAUCGUGUCAUGAGUUGCACUGUUUAUCAGGGUGUGAAUGGAUCUAAAAGUGCCUCCCCGCUCAUACACAAAUAUAAAUUGUGAUUUCUUAUAUCCCUACUGGGGCUAGUUUCUUUUUGCUUUUAAUAUAAAUUUAUGUUGUCCUUUCUCUCAACGGUUGUACAGAUGUAGCUGUAGGUUGUUCCCUUGUAAGUUUGUUACUGGGGGUUUCUUUGCAUCUGCAAUGGUGGAAAAUUUUUGGUUGGUGGGUUACAAUUUAAUAGUUCCAGGGGUGACUUUUUUCUUCUUUC